AUGAGGCCAGUCAUAUGCCUUCAGCGAUGCGGGUUGUCGGCAUUGAUGGGGGGGAAGACCGAAGCGACAACUGCUGAUGUUCUUUACUACUUCAUGAUGAACGCCCCUACAGCGUACAAACGGCUGAUGCGGGCAGCCAAAGAAGCAGGAACACAUGGGGGAGAUGCAUUGGCGACGGCAGAGCUUCACCUUGAGGCAUACGGGCGCCAGUUCGAUGCACGGGCAAACAGUGGUAUUAACGGCGUAACUGGGAUAAUGGAGAAGGCUGAUAUCCCAAUCGAGGGACUGGUUUACAACUUCCCGCCCUACAAAGAGGAUAAGAAGGGGAAAAUACGCCCUGUCCGUGGAAACGGUUGGGGUGGGGCCCGAAGGGGUAAAGCCUUCGAGAGCCCAGACGGAGACAAGAGGUUGCCCAAUCAACAGGAGCGGACCCUGAGGGGGUUGCUCCAAGCCUGCAGCCUCAUCCAUGCACGAUUGUUAGCACUAAACGCAGCCAACAGCACGCGGUACUCCAUGCAGCCGGCGUACCAGAUGAAGCCCAAAGGAAUACUCAUCAGGAUGGGCCCCUUAAGGAUACUCCAGUUCCAAUCCCGAGAGGGUGGCCACGUGCUCCAGCCGUCACGGACAUGUCACCGUACAUGGGGAAUUGCCAACCAAUCUGCGCUGAUGCAAGCGGCACGAAAUGGCGGUGCGGGCGUAAACGCAAGUCUCAUCAAGCGUAGGGUUCUCCGACCAUGGCUGAAUAUUGUUUCAACCUUGACCUGCCAUUGA